UAUAUGUAAGAAAUACAUUGUAAGAUCAGUCAUCUUGAGUGUAGAUUUUUUUUUUUAAUGUAAAUAGCCUAUGCAGAGGUUCAAACACAAAAUAAGUAAACUUCUUGACAAUAUUUUGGUUUUGCUGAAUUGUAAUAUCAUAAUCAUAAUGUUUAUAUUAUAUUGCUUAAAACAGUUGUUUUUGCUGAAUUGUAAUAUUAUAUAUCGACAUGAGGUUAAUUCUUUUUUCUUUGUGGCAGAUUGAAGAAAGUGUGAUUGUUAACUUGAUGUUUCCAGUGAAUUUGAUUUCUUUGGAAAAGUGUUUCACUGUGUCCUCUGUAACGAAGAUUGCGCUCAAUCCUAAAUCUUUUUUGUUGAGUGAUUAUAUCGUCCAAGACAUGCCGGUAUUGCAAGUAUCAUCCUUCCUGCUGUUAAGCUCCUCUGCUCAUAUUGCAGAUUCUCUACCCCUUAUGGCAGCACUACUUGCAGUGAAGUUAGUGGGCAUUAUGUUUGGCUUCAGGUCAAGCAGUCAAGAACUCUUUCUCCUUCACAUUUUUGAAGGAAUUCAGAAUGAAGUUCAAGGAAUGCUAUUUGAUAUUGAUCCCAUGUGGUAUCUUUUGUUGAAUUGUAUUUUCAUGUUAUCUUUUGCUUAACCAGUUUUUUUGGUAAAUCCUUUGGCAUGUAUUGCCUCUUUAUCUUCUAAUCUUUCCUCAUGUGAUGGAGUUUGAGAGUCUAUAAUCUAGUGAAAUGGUUUGUCCAAAAAAAAAUCAUAAAACAGUUAAGUUUUUACAAAACUUUAAUAGCUUGAUUCUGGAAUUUGUUUACUAGGCCAAAAAACAAAAAGACAAGAUAACUAACACUAGACUGACCACUGGAUCACUGAAGCCAGAAGCAUUAGAUAACAUAACUUUCUUUGAUGCUUUCGGGCCAAAAUGUAUAUCGACCAGUCUGUCAAUCGCUUUGAAGAUUUCAGGAGACGGGGUAGCAUGCUGCUUGGAAAACAUGUUAUUUCUCUCUUAAUGAUGUAGAUGAGUGUUUGUAAGACAAUAUAUCUCAGAAAGUCAGAAUGGAGGGCGAGUUGCCGAGUUGGUCGGGUUAAGAAGCGUCCACUAAGAGAGCAGACCAAGAUUGAAAAUAACAAGUAACUAUCAUCACAAGUAACAAAUAACAAGUUUUCUUUUGGAAACGUCAGUUUCAGUCUUUUCUUAGUGGUCAACGACUGUUUGGUUUUGUCACCGGCACCAUUCCACAACCCGUUCCCACCAUCAUGGCUCCAACCAUACAUGGUACAUCUACACCGGUUCCAAACCCUGACCAUGAGAUGUGGUUUCAAACCGAUCAAGUUGUUCAGUCAUGGCUUCUUGGAUCUAUCACCGAUACUCUUCAGUCCAUGGUGGUGAACUGCACGACGGCAAGUGAGAUCUGGUCCACGUUAGAGACUCACUUCAACAGACCCUCCAACUCUCGCAUGUUCGAGCUUCAACACAAGAUGCAAACUUUGUCCAAAGAUGGAAAGAAGAUGUUUGAUUUUCUGCAUGAAGUCAAAGCUCUGAGUGAUCAACUUGCAUCUAUUGGUGCGCCUUUGACUGAAGCUAUGAAGAUCUUCUCGGCCCUUCGAGGUUUAGGACGUGACUAUGAGCCUAUCAAGACAGCUAUUGAAGGUUCCAUAGACAUUGUUCCACCUCCAACGUUUGAAUCUAUCUUUCCACGUCUGGUAGCAUUCGAUGACAGACUUCAAGGUUACAACAGCGGUCAAGAGGUGACUCCUCAUCUUGCUUUUGCGACUGUUCGUACAAAUCAGCAAGGCAACUACUACUCUUCUCGCGGUCGUGGUGGUCGCAGAGGACGUGGACGUGGUUCCUAUAGUACGAGGGGAAGAGGCUUUCAUCAGCAGAUCUCGUCUUCGUUCGAAGGGGAUACACGUCCCACUUGUCAGAUCUGUGGCAAGCCUGGCCAUCAUGCUCUGAAAUGCUACCACCGUUUCGACAGUAGUUAUCAACUUGAGGAGGUUCCGCAAGCUCUUGCAGCCAUGCGCAUUACUGAAGUAUCAGAAGAUUCCGGUUCUGAGUGGUAUCCUGACUCCGGUGCAUCUGCUCAUAUCACCAACUCAACUAGGAACCUGCAUCAGUCUCAACCAUAUCAUGGUUCUGACACAGUCAUGAUAGGUGAUGGGAGCUACUUACCUAUUACACAUACCGGGUCUACUGUUCUUGCAUCCUCCUCAGGUAAACUUCCUCUUAAAGAUGUCAUUGUAUGCCCUCAGAUUACGAAAUCUCUUCUAUCUGUUUCAAAGGUCACAGAUGAUUAUCCUUGUUCAGUAAAAUUUGAUAAUGUUGGGGUUUCUAUAAAGGACAAGAAUACAAAGAUGGUACUCACCAGGGGAAGAAAGGAUAAGGGUCUGUACAGAGUGGAGAACAAGCCGUCAAUAAAAGCUCUCUACUCCUCUAGACAGCAUUCUGCUUCAGACGCUGUUUGGCAUAGGAGACUUGGGCAUCCUCAUCAGCAAGUUCUUCAACAUCUGUCAGCAAGUAGUUUCAUCAAAAUAAGUUCAAGUUCCAAGAAGAUGUGUUCAUCGUGUCAACUUGGCAAGAGCAGUAGCUUACCAUUUCAGUCUUCUAGCUAUGUCGCGUCUCGGCCUUUGGAGAAGAUACACUGUGAUCUCUGGGGUCCUGCACCAACAACAUCAGUUCAGGGCUUCAGAUUCUAUGUAAUCUUUAUAGACCAUUGGUCACGUUUUUGUUGGCUCUAUCCUAUGAAAUAUAAAUCAGAUUUUCUUUCAAUCUUUUGCAAGUUUCAAGCGUUAGUAGAGAACCAACUAAGGUGCAGAAUUGGUACCUUUCAAUGUGAUGGUGGAGGAGAGUUUAUCAGUUCUGCGUUUCUCUCUCACUUGCAAAAGGAUGGGAUAAGACAGCAAAUUUCGUGUCCCCAUACCCCGCAACAGAACGGUCUGGCUGAGCGCAAGCAUCGUCACAUCACUGAGCUUGGGUUGACGAUGAUGUUUGAUAGCAAGAUGCCUCUGCGCUACUGGGUAGAAGCGUUCUUCACAGCAACGUUCCUGAGCAAUCUUCUUCCUACAACAAGUCUGCCAAAUCAUCAGACACCUUAUCAGAAGUUGUUUGGAAAGGAGGUGAACUACAGUUUUCUACGAACGUUUGGAUGUGCGUGCUAUCCUACUCUACGCAACUAUGCAAGCAACAAGUUUGAUCCUAGAUCAUUGAAAUGUGUGUUUCUAGGCUACAACGACAGGUAUAAGGGAUAUAGAUGUAUGUACCCGCCUACUGGUCGAGUCUACAUCACACGGCACGUCAUAUUUGAUGAAUCAGACUUCCCAUUUGAGAAUGCUUACAAGACAAGUCAUCCGUCUGUCUUGACUCCUCUUCUCAAAGCUUGGCAAAUGAGUUUUGAUUCACCCACACCAUCCGAAACCAUGCCACCAAAGGCAGCUGAAGUGGAUCAGGCAGUUCAUCAAGCUGCAGUUCCCUUAUUUACAGAAAAUGACUUCCCUCCUUUGCCUUCUCUACAACAGCCUGCGAGUGUUGAGAUAUCAUCUGUGGUGUCAUCCUCUUCGUCGUCAUCGUCAGUUCCUGCUUCCAGUCCAGUCCCGGUUCCCACUCCAGCUCCUGAGCCUGUUAAUCAACGACACUCGAUGGUUACACGGUCUCAAGUUGGAACGGUUAAGCCUAAUCCAAGAUACGCUUUGUUAACACAAAAAGUAUCAAUACCGGAACCACGGACUAUCGCAGAAGCUCUAAAACAUACAGGAUGGAGGAAUGCAAUGGGAGAAGAGUUUGAUUCGUGUAAAGAGACUAAUACCUUUACACUUGUUCCCAGAACUGAAGAUAUGCACGUUCUAGGCAAUCGAUGGGUGCAUCGAGUGAAGCUGAAUGCUGAUGGAAGCUUCAAGAAACUCAGAUCACGGCUUGUUGCGAAAGGAAACGAGCAGGAGGAAGGUAUAGACUAUCUUGAAACCUACAGUCCAGUUGUGAGAAUGGCGUCAGUAAGAACUAUCUUGCACAUGGCUACGGUAUUAAACUGGGAGAUAAGACAGAUGGAUGUUAAAAACGCAUUCUUACAUGGAGAUCUACAGGAGACAGUGUUCAUGAAACAACCGGCUGGAUUCAUCGAUCAAGAGAAUCCUCGUCAUGUUUGGAAGUUGAAUAAAGCGAUCUACGGGUUGAAGCAAGCUCCUCGUGCCUGGUUCGAUAAGUUCAGCUCAUUCUUGAUUGACUUUGGCUUCUGUUGCUCCAAGUCUGAUCCAUCUCUGUUUGUCUACAAAACGGCGCAAGACAUUAUCAUUCUGUUACUAUAUGUGGACGAUAUGGUAAUAACUGGCAACAGCUCAGCGUGUCUUGCUCGUCUUCUACAACAACUUAAUCAAGAGUUUAGAAUGACUGAUAUGGGAGAGCUACACUAUUUCUUGGGGAUUCAGGUUCAGAAACAUCAAAAAGGUUUGUUUCUGUGCCAACAGAAGUAUGCAGAAGACUUACUUGCAGUAGCAGGAAUGACUGAGUGUGAAGCAAUAGCUACUCCCCUUCCUCAGCAACUGAACAGAGUAGAAGACAAGUCAGAGCUCUUCUCACAUCCUACUUACUUCCGCAGCCUUGCAGGGAAGCUUCAGUACUUGACGCUGACCAGGCCUGACAUCCAGUUUGCUGUCAAUUACGUUUGUCAGAAGAUGCACUCGCCGACUGUAUCUGAUUUUCACCUGCUCAAGCGCAUCAUCAGAUAUGUUAAAGGAACUCUAACAAUGGGUAUAUCUCUACACAAAGACACAGAUUUCACUCUCACUGCAUAUAGUGAUAGUGAUUGGGCAGGAUGCAGCUCAACAAGGAGAUCUACCGGUGGAUUCAGUACAUUUCUAGGGAAGAAUCUCAUCUCUUGGUCUUCUCGAAAACAACCUACUGUGUCUAAGAGUUCUACAGAGGCUGAGUAUCGAACACUGUCAGAGACGGCUUCUGAGAUUACCUGGCUUAGUUCAAUCUUCCGUGAGCUUGGAUUGCCUCUUCUGACAACGCCUCUGCUCCUCUGCGAUAACUUGUCUGCAGUGCUUCUGUCCGCGAAUCCUUCCUUUCACUCCAAGACCAAACACUUUGCUCUUGACUAUCACUAUGUCAGAGAAAGAGUUGCUCUUGGUGCUCUGGAGGUGAAGCAUAUCUCGAAUCAACAUCAGAUAGCUGAUAUCUUCACCAAAUCUCUUCCGCAUGAAGCUUUUUCCUCUCUCAGAAGCAAACUUGGUGUCGCUGCAAUCGGUGCACAAAGUUUGAGGGGGCCUAUCAUCACAAGUGGGUCAAGUCCAGUUUCCGCGAAACCCAUUUACCAGUUCAGACAAGAAUCGCAGCCCAACUUGGAGAAGCCCAAAUCGCCAUCAUCUUCUCAACGGUCUUCUACCUGCAAUCAAGACAAAACAGAGCAUAAGGGUAAAGAGCAUGCUGGACAAUACGGAAAGCAAAAGCAACAGGACAAGCCAGCUGUUAAAGCACAGGCUGUCUCAGUCCAAAACCGUUAUGCAGCACUAAGAGACGAAGAAGCCUAGAGCAAAACCCUAGUCUAAGUUCUCUAUAUAAAGCAUUUGUAAUGGUUGUAAGAAACUCAAGGUUCAAAGAAAUAAAAGAAAGUUCAGAAACUUAUCUUUAUUAGCUCACGCGUUCAGUAACUAACUACCCCAAGUCUAAUUUGAGCUUCUCUCAAAAGACUAUAUCUCUCAUGUGACUUUUUGUAAAAUAUUUUAAGAAGGGACUUGUGUUUUGAUCAAACUGAUAACCUUUCAUGCAUGUUGCAAUUUGUAAUGUGCUAGGGAACGAUGAUUUAUCUUUAUAAUCGACAUAGAUGUGAACGCGUAAGAAUAAGGUCUUCGAUUUAUCUUUAUAUUUUUUUCAAAAAUAAAAGUUUUAAAUAUGGAAAUGAUUUUUUUUAAGAUAUGGAAAUGAGUUUCAGUAUGAUGUAUUCUUCCAUUUGUAGAUAGAAAUACAUUGUAGGGAAACUAACUCCUAUAUUUAGAGUUUUAUUUUUGAAAUAUAUAGAAAAGUUAGAAAUUGUCUAGGUAAACCAUUUCAGAGCGACUAUUUGGAACUUUAGGAUGAAUUUCUCAGACAAGCACAUUAAGUGAUAGAUGUCGUGCGGAGAAGACGAGUUUAUAUACAUUCACAAACAAACACAGUAUUUGAUGAUCAAACUAAUAAUAAAAGAAGAAAUCGAACAUCUUUUUUUAUCUUCAUCGAUAAAUGAUAGCAGUAUGUGAAUUUUACGUAAUCUCAAAUUUAACGAAUGAUAAAAAUUUAUUACCGUGUAGAAGCAAAUUAAUGCUUACCAGAUUUUUCAUUCACUUAAGAUUAAAUUAUAUAGAUCGGGUUGGUUCUCACGAGACAUGGAACCAUCAUCACCCGGACCAGCUCAACAAAUAUAAAUGAGGAGGGGCCAGUGCCGCAUAUGUAUAUCAAGAGAAACUUUUGGGCCUGGAUCCGGAUCUGGAUCCAGUUCUGGAUUACUGGGUAGGAGCACUUGCGUCAAUCUUAAGCGGCCGCAAGUCUGUUUAAAAACCCUCUCUCUCUCGCUAUAACUCUUUCGCCGUCUUGUUACUCUUCGACUCGCUUCUGUAAUCGAUCUCGAUCUCCGCCGUUUCAGUUUGAUCAUCGAUGGCUUUACCAAACCAGCAAACCGUGGAUUACCCUAGCUUCAAGCUCGUCAUCGUUGGUGAUGGAGGCACAGG